AUGUCUUCUCAGCUCCCUCCACAUUGGUUCACCUCCCAAUUGGGGUUCUAUCUCCAUCAAGGGUCCUCAUCACAUUAUGUAUGGUUAAACAGUAUGCCUUCAUCUAAAAGUCAGAUGAUGGCUUUCAAGUUGGUGCCCAGCACCCCCAGGAUGGUCAACUCAAUUCUCUCUGCUUGUCAAUGCACCUGGGUGCAAACUGCUGCAUUUCUCCUCAGCAUUCAUCCAGAACUACCAAAUACUAAUGAAGGAGGGGCCAACAACCGUGUGCACAUGCAGUUCAGCAUUUUUACAAAGGAAUUGAUGAAGAGUCAUCUACUAUUCAAUGGUACCAUGCCGCCCUGCUUGAAAAAACUGCAAGGGCGGAACAGAGCUCUGGUAGGAAAAAUAAGAGAGUUGCCAUUGAAGUUGUUAAUACUGUAUGUUUUUGAUCAUUGUCAAAGAUUCAAAGCAAACCAGGCGAAAGAUGGUUGUAUCCUCUUCAGGCAAGCAGAGCUUGUCAUCGCUUUUACCAUACACAAAGGAGUUAGAGAAAGUCAAGAAGAGAACACAUUCUGUUGGGUCGAUUUAUUGAAGCCCAAUGCUCCACACUAUCCACUGUGUGCCCAGGACCUGCAGGAAUGGGCUAGAUAUCUGCUUGAAACUGGAGAUCUGGACAACACCUGCAUCAUCCUACCCACCACGUGCUAUUUUGAUGAAGUUCAAAGAACAUGUAUGGAGCAGACUACAUCGCCGCUUCAGAGGGUGCCCACUGAAAUGAUAUCACUGAUCAUUCAUAACCAUAUUCACCUCUCAUCCUCUGCCAAUAACAUCUCUGAUGGAAUGCUCACUGGAGAACAGGGAGAAGGCCAUAGGAUGGUGGAUCCUCAACCACUCAAGAGGACAUUCGUGUUCUAUAUGGAGAGUGACAAAGAGUCUGACAAUGAGGAGCUGCCAUCAGCAUAUCAAGGACAUUCUUGCCAAUCUCAUUUCGGUAUCAGAUUCUACGAGGAGAAAGUUGGGAUGCCAGAGGGUGCUGCAUACACCUUUCAGAGCUGUGUCUCCAAAACAUACAUAAAUGCCAAACUUGUGAAAGGAGAAGAAAGGUUAAAGAAUCUCAUAAUAUUCCGGCUUAUAAUUUGUAACAUUGUUUCUUAA